CAUGUGCAUGUAACCUCAAGUGUCAAGUAUCAUAUACGAUUUUUGAAAAUCUCGAAGUUUCUUUUUUCAGAUCAGGAAUAUAUUGUAUUUUUUGGAAAAGUAUAAACAAAUGUAAUACCUAACCAGCCUCAUUCUCUCGCUUGGGCUUAACAUUUAAAGAUCGACACACUCAAUUCACUAUGAAAUUAUUUACGGUGUUAAUAGGGAUAUUCAGCAUUUUCUAUCAGGCAACAUUGGGUGCGGAUCUUGGGUACAUCCGGUCAACGCUGACUCAGCACUUUUCCGAUGCACGACACCAUGUUUCUAAUCCGGCUUACAAACGUCAAGCUGUCCAAUUCAUCUACGAUGAAUUCCAGAAACAUGGACUGAAUACGAAUUACCACAAUUUCACCUUUCGUGAGGUUUCCUAUACGAAUGUGAUAGGGGUUCUUAAAGGCGAAAGGUUUGGGACGUAUAAGGAUGAAAUUGUCGGUGUUGGAGCGCACUAUGAUACUGUCGAUAUUACAAAAGGGGUUGACGAUAAUGGGUCCGGUGUAACGGCAAUGUUAGAGUCUCUCAGACAAAUUGCUGCGGGCAACCAAGGUGACAAUCGCCGCAAGAAUACCAUCAUCUAUAUGGCAUUCGACCACGAGGAAUAUGGGCUCACCGGAAGCAGGUUGGCAAUUGACGAAUGGUUACUGCCCUGGCUAACGAAGAACUAUGGGAAAGAUUUGGAGCUACUAAAACCAAACGGAAUUAUCGUUCUUGAUACAGUUAUGAACUACAACUCUUCCACACAAUCACAAGUGAUUCCCCCAGAGGCUGAGCAGAUUUUCCAGCUUUACUUUCCUAAAACGGUAAAGAGUAUCGCUUCAGACCAGUUCAAGGGAGAUUUUCUAGCAACUAUCUUCAGGCAAGAUCUUGAUGGAAAUCUUGCAUCUACUUUCAACAGCGAGUGGCUUGGCGAACCCCAACCACAGUUCGAAAUAGAGAUGUUUGAGAUUGCUAUCGAUGCCGACGUAAACUUGUUCGGCCAUUUCUUGCGCAGCGAUCACGCCAACUUCUGGAAAUCACCCAUCCCAGCUAUCUUCAUCACGGACUCUGCUAAUUUUCGCGGUCAGAUGCAGCAAUGCUACCACAAUGCUUGCGACAACUUGGCCAACAUACUCACCGAUAACAACGUGCAAUUCCUUGGAAAAACUGCGGAUACCAUUGCCGCGACCCUGGACAAACUGGCAGAUGACACCGGCACGAGUGGAGCAUCCAGUGUGUGUUUCAUCUCCGCUCUGUGGCUUUCGAUUGGACUUAUGCAGAUAAUUCCUUAAAUACAACAUACUAACUGAUGAGUGAAUAUGUGUCUAGUGCGUUUGACACAAAUAUUGACUAUUCGGACAAUAUGACAAUCUGAAUUAAUUCAAUUAUAAAAUGAUUAAAGUAAUGUUGUUACAGUUCGAUUACUUCCGUCAGGUUUACAUAUUCAUUAAACAUUUGUUAAUAUGAUUUUCAUUGUACUUUAUAAUGCUUUCAGUUACUCUUGUUAAUGUGUUGAUUUUAAAGUGAUUUAAUUGUAUACGAAAAGAUAGCUUCAUGUCGAUUUAUUUCAUUUAAUAUAUGUGUUACUUGCCUUUAAUAAAUUCAUAUAU